AUGCUUAUCAUUUUGUCAUUGGAUGAUUUUUUAAAACAAAUAAAUUAUGAAAAACUUAGUCAUGCCGCUUACGCCCUUCAAAUCUUGCAAAAUUUUGAAUUUUUAACUGCAAAGGAUUUAUUAAGAUUUAACAUCAAAUCCGAAGGGAAUCGAUUAAAUGUUAAUGAAUCCAUAAUAACAUUAGCACUUAACCGACUUUGGCUCGAUCCUAUUUUAAAAGCAAAUUUAACGGUCUUAGCAGAAGAAAUUAAUAAUACUAAUGUAAAUAAGAAAAUGGUUAAUGAUGAAAAUUUAAGUAGGAUUAUUCAAUUAGGACCGCAAAGUGCCAGUACUUCUUUCGAGGAUAAUUUUUUUAACGGUGUUAGUUUUCAUAAUAAUAACGAAAUUGGAUUUGGACGUUUAUUCUAA